AUGCGAUUCAUAGCGGUGUCGCAUCUGGCGCUGGCUGGCGCCGUCUGGGCGGAGACUCUGCCCGGCGGCGAGACAGCUGCCCGGUCCUUUCUGGCCGUCAACACGACGAAUGGCCCCGUGAUUGGCCAUGCCGCGAGUAACUCGCCAAACGUUGUCGAGUACCUGGGCAUUCCAUACGCCAAGCCACCGGUGGGAGACCUGCGCUUUGCGCCUCCGGAGCGCUUCAGAGACAACAAGCCGCAUGAGGCGGCGCAUUUUGGCUACGACUGCCCGCUGACGCCCUCGCCGCCCGUCGACUAUCCCGAUUUCACGCCACAGGCCCCGCGGAUUCUUUCGUAUUUUGCCUCGGGCGCAGGGACUAACAAGAGCGAAGACUGCUUGACGCUCAACAUCUGGGCCAAGACAACGGCCGCUUCCCAGCAGUCUCGGAAGCCAGUCAUUGUCUUUUUCUACGGUGGCCGGUUUGCCAUCGGAAAUACCAAUAGCCCGUUUUACAAUGCAAAGUACUUUGCGGACGCGCAAGAUGCGAUAUUCGUCACCGUCAAUUACCGUAUCAACAUUUUCGGCUUUCCAGGCUUUCCAGGCAAGCCUCAGAAUGCUGGAUUGCGCGACCAACGCGCGGCGGUCGAAUGGCUUCACGACAAUAUCCACGCCUUUGGUGGAGAUGCAAGCAAGAUUACUAUCACCGGUCAGUCAUCGGGUGGUGUUUCGGUCGACUACUGGACGUAUGCGUACCAAGAGCGGCCGCUCAUCAACGGCGUGAUUGCAACCUCUGGCAACGCAUUCAGCUUCCCAGUGCAGCCCAAAGGCACCCCAUUGGAAAGCUUCACGCAGGUGGCCAAGACACUGGGGUGUUGCAGCAAGAAGAAUGUGUAUGAGUGUGUGAAAAAGGCCGACUGGCGCCAGGUUGAAGCAGCAGCGGCCGCGGUCAAGCCUGGCAAGAGCAGCAGCCCCUUGCGCUCGGUGCCACCGUUUUAUCCCAUCCCGGAUGGCGAGAUUGUGUUUUCCGACUACGUCACGCGCACCAAGAAGGGCCAGUUUGCCAGGGUCCCUCUGUUCUCGGGCAACAACAACAACGAGGCCGGUUACUACAAGAUCCCGGCCUACAGCAAGGGUGUCUUGCCCACGCAGGCACAGGUCGACUCGUUUCACCUCGAGUCCUUUACGUGCCCGAUAGCGUACCAGGCGAACGCACGCGAGAAGCACGACGUGCCGGCCUGGGUCUGGCGCUACUUUGGUGACUGGGACAACACACGGUUGUACCCGACCAGCGGCCCAUAUCACGGCACGGACCUGCACAUGAUUUACGGCGCUUCUGGCGAUGUCAGCGGCAUCCCGCCAGCAGCGGACCAGGAGGAACUGACAAAGGUCAUGCAGCGUGCCUGGUAUGCAUUCAGCGACGACCCCUGGCAUGGCUUGACCAACACGAUGGGCUGGCCGAGAUACGGCGAGGAUCAGGAGAGUGUCAUUGUGUUUGGAAAGGACAAUAGCCCGGAACCUGUCCUUGUCGAGCCAUCAGAGUUCAACGCACCAUGCUCUACGAUUGUUUUGGGCGCAUUAAGCACACAAACCUCCUGA